AUGUUCCUAAGAUCUUUACGAAUGUACCCGGUCUUAAAGGACUAUUCGAACGUGGUAGUGUAUACUGUAACGUAUCCCACCGCUGCCACCAAAAAUGUUGAUGUUUUUAUUAGAGAAUUGAAUAAGAUGGAUGAAUAUGUUAUUGGUUUUAUGGGAUCAGAUAGAGCUACUUUUUCUGUUAAUCGUAAAAACGAUGCGAUUACAAAUUAUUUGAAUGGUCGAUAUAUAUGUACUUCUGAAGCGUUUUGGAGAAUUUUCAAUUUUGAAAUCCAUGAUAGAGAUCCGACAGUUCAGCACUUGGCUGUUCAUCUAGAAAAUGGACAGCGUGUUUUCUUUAAUGCUAAUAAUCUUCAUCAAGUUAUUGAAAAUCCAAGAAAAACGACACUAACUGCAUUUUUUGAACUGUGUUCACAUGAUAAUUUUGCGAAAACACUGUUCUAUCAUGAAGUUCCUUCUUAUUACACCUGGGAUAAUAGCAGAGGCUGGUUAAAGAGAAGACGGGGAAAAGAUGUUCCAGGUUGGCCAGGAAUAAAAAUGGACACUGCCAUUGGUAGAAUUUACACGAUUCACCCAAAUCAAAGUGAGUGCUUCCAUUUAAGAUUGUUACUAAAUUAUGUACAAGGUCCUACUUCAUUUGAAAGCUUGAAGGCCUUUGAUGGAGUCAUUCACGCGACUUUUAAAGCUACCUGUUUUGCUCUUGGGCUUUUAGAAAAUGACGAACAAUGGAAAAAUACUCUAGCGGAGGCAACUCUUUCAGAAAGUCCUUCAAAAUUAAGAGAAUUAUUCGCAAUAAUCAUAGUUUUCUGUCAACCGUCUGAACCUCAAUCUUUGUGGGAACAGUUCAGAAAUGAUUUUUGUGAAGAUAUUCUUCAUACAGAGCGCACUCGAUUAAAUGACUUGCAAUUUACUUUUUCUGAUGAAAUAUUUAAUAGAGGUUUGAUUGAAAUAGAAGAUAAAGUUGUUUGUCUGUCUGAAAAAUAUUUAACUGAAUUUGGAAUGAACUCACCUGUUCGAAAUGAAAAUGCAUCUGAUCCUUUUGAAUUCUCAAUUUUGCGUUCUUACGAUAAUAACCGAUUACAAGAAUUUAAAGCAUCCUCAGGUAAAGUUGCAUUAGCAGUAGCUUCAUCUGGUAUAGCAGCAACUCUCCUUAGUGGCGGCAGAACUGCUCACUCGACUUUCAAGUUACCGUUAAAUGUAUUAUUUGAUACAGAAUACGUUUGUCCGAUUCGUAAAAAUGGCCCUCUUGGAAAAAUUCUUCAAGAAACCUCAUUCGUUGAGUGGGAUGAGUGUACAAUGAGUCACAGAUCACAUAUCGAAGCAAUUGAUCGAACAUUAAAAGAUCUUAGGUGUAAUAAUAAGUUUAUGGGUGGCAUAACAUUUGUUUUCGCUGGUGAUUUCCGUCAAACCUUACCAGUAAUCCCUAAAGCACAGUUGUUGAAAAUUGGAAAUGGAACUUUAGAAAAUGAAAAUGGUUACAUUUCUGUCGAUCACACGAUUGGACGGGUGGUCAAUAACGUGGAAGAGUUGAUUUCUACAGUUUAUCCUGACAUUUUUAAUCUGUCCAAUAAAUCUUAUCAGUGGUUAUGUGAAAGAGCUAUUAUCUCUCCAAGAAAUGUAACAGCAGAAGAAAUUAAUGAUAUCAUCCUUCUAAAAUUCGAUGGACACUCACGUGAAUGUCUAUCUAUUGAUACAGUUACAUCAACAGAUGAUGCUAUUCAUUAUCCACAAGAAUUUCUUAAUUCUCUUUCUCCUUCGGGAUUUCCUCCUCAUAAACUAAAAUUAAAAAUUGGUGCUCCAAUUACAUUAUUACGUAAUCUUCAACCACCGAACUUAUGUAACGAUACAAAAUUACAAAUAAAAUCGUUGCGAAAUAAUAUUAUAGAAGCCGUAAUUCUUACAGGGCCAGCGAAAGGAGAAAUUGCAUUUAUUCCAAGAAUUCCCAUGAUUCCCUCUGACUUGCCGUUUUCUUUCAAACGGCUUCAAUUCCCGGUUAAAGUUUCUUUUGCGAUUACCAUAAACAAAGCACAAGGUCAAACAUUCAAAGCUACAAGUCCUCUGCCCUAA